AAAAAUUCUGUGCCUUUUUUUUUGUUCUUUUCUUUUUUUACUCAUGUAUAAUACACCUAAAAGGUUUCCACCCGUCUGUAGAUUCUAUUCACAAGGCACAUGUAGAGCAGGUCAAAACUGUAAUUUUGCUCAUGUAUUGCCUUUUGGAGAUAAAGCAAACGGGAAUAGUUCUGACAAGGAUCCUUAUUCGAUUCAAAAAGCAAUUCGAGAUUUGGAAGUAGAGCAAGUUGAAAAAAAGUAUAAAGCCAAUAUAAAAAAGACAACGUAAAGCAUACCAAAGAAAGAAUGGGGAGAAUAAAUCAACAGAAAAAUGCUGAUAUGUGAAAGAAUAGAAAUUAUCAAAAUCAUACGUCAAUUGAACUUGCUUUGCCUUUAGAAAGUGAUAAACAAAUAGAGGUUCACUUGGUCAUACCUUAUAACUAUCCUGAUUUACAAUGUACACUUCAAAUAUACAACUUAGACUUGAUGCCUGAAAUACAAAGGUAUAUCCUAGGAUGGAACUUUUUUUUUUGAAUACUCAUACUUUAAUAGCAAAAUACAGACAGCAUUUGAAGAUGACGAGUGGCACCAAAUGAAGCAUAAGACCUUGAUUCAACAGCUGGACUGGUUAAUUACUCAUUUUAACAAGUUUAUUUCAUGACAACAAAUAUAAUUUAAAUAAUAAACGUGAUGUGUAGAGUUUUUUUUAUUUAUAAUUUGACCAUGGCAUUUUUUGGUGU